UAUUUGACAUUGACAGUAACUAAAUUUCUGUUUAUUCAUUCCCAUCACUGGUUAUAGCUAAGACUAAUAGUUCUUCAGAUAGUGAUUGUAAGAAAAUUAAAUUAAAAAUGAGUUUAGCCGAAAUUUGUGGUUUGUCGGAUGACAGUUCCAAUGAAAAUUCGUUGUAUAAAAAUGAUUUGCACCAAUUUUGUACUAAUUUCAACAGUAACAUGAGUUUGCAAGUACCACCAUUUAGUGAUCCUGCGAGUAGUUUUUCAGGAUUUACGAAAGAUGAUACCGGACGUGAAUUGAAAAUUAACUUUGAUCAUGGUACAACUACAUUGGGAUUUAAGUAUCAAGGAGGAGUAGUUCUUGCAGUAGACUCUAGAGCUACUGGAGGUCAAUUUAUUGGCUCCCAAACUAUGAAGAAGAUUGUAGAGAUAAAUGAUUUUUUAUUAGGCACAUUAGCUGGAGGAGCAGCUGACUGCGUAUACUGGGAUAGGGUACUGGCAAAACAAUGCAGAAUGUAUGAACUUAGAAAUAGAGAACGUAUAUCUGUAGCUGCUGCUUCUAAAUUAAUGGCAAAUAUGGUUUACAAUUAUAAGGGAAUGGGAUUAUCUAUGGGCAUGAUGUUAGCUGGUUGGGAUAAAAGGGGUCCUCAACUGUAUUAUGUAGAUUCAGAAGGCCUUCGAACAGCAGGAAAAGUAUUCAGCGUUGGAUCUGGUUCAAUAUAUGCUUUUGGUGUAUUGGAUUCUGGUUACAAGUGGGAUUUGACAGAUGAAGAAGCCUAUGAUUUAGGCCGUAGAUCAAUUUAUCAUGCUACUCAUAGAGAUGCAUACUCUGGUGGUAUAGUAAGGGUUUACCAUAUGAAAGAAACUGGUUGGGUUCAUAUUGAUAACAAUGACUGUAGUGAAUUACAUUACAAGUAUAUGGAAGAAAAGGAAGAUUUGGAAAUUGUAUGAUUAAGUGUUUGAUCUAAUUUUUUUAAAAAAACCUUUCAAAUAAAGUCUAAUUUGUACCUUUUAUGUUAACAUUAAAAUAAAACCUUGAUCCUGUAGAA